AUUGGUAUAGGUGUGAGACACAAUGGAAGAUGAUGAUUGGGAUGAUGGACAUUCGGUAGAGGACAUCAUCUCGACAGUCAUGAAAACCAAGAGGAACUUUUGCAAAGUAAAGUUGGCUUUGCCACCUCGUCCUAACCAGAAACCCAAGAAUCUGAAGGAAGAAGAUUCACCAGAGCACAGUGUACCACAGGUGAAAACAGAAGAGCUGAAGUCCAGCCUCCUCCAGGGUGCAUGGGGAAGCAGCAGCUGUGUGAAGCAAGACAAAGCCAGUGUGUCCAGCAACAGGCUCCCCAUCUACCAUGAAGAUAGGUCAGGUUUGGCCACUCAUGGAGUGCACGAUGGAUCCUUGCCCACCAGUAAAUUUAAGCAUUCUCGCUCUGCUUCAGAGAUUAGCAGCAAAUCUUUUCCAAAGAGGAUUCCAUAUCUGGAAACAGAAAGGUCUAUCUCAUCAGCCAGAGGCCCAUUUAGCUCAAGUUUUAGGAGCAUCAGUAAUGCUAUAGAUAAGGAAAACACUAAUCCUGGUGCUGCUCUUGCUGACAAAAUUAGCAGAAGAAAUUAUACCUCUCUCAAUAAUGUUGACAAAGAAUUGCUAUGUAAAGCUUCUGAGGUUAACAGGAAUGAAGAUCAGCUACAAUCUUUGAAAAGUUCUCAGCAUGGAAAUGCAGGUGAAAAUGAGCGAGAAUUAGAACCUGGUUUUUCUUCUCAAUUAUACAGUAUUUCCAAAACUAUAAAGAAACCAAUUAACAAUGAAGAUGUCUUGAAGGAAGAUGAAACAAACAUUAAUUCACAAUGCAACAAGCAAGAAAAUGUUUUGCCACCAAUGCAAACUUGCCUUGCAGAAAAUAAGAAUAAAGUUCCAGUGUGGCUGCAAGAAGGGGCCAAUGCCUACCCUUCUGUUAAGAUACACAACCUUGUAACAACUAGAGAAUGCUUAUCUUCUGAAACAUCUGUAACCACUACCCAACAAGAAGUUAUUUCUAGCACAAGCUCAAUGUCUAGCACCAGUGCAUCCAUAACGGUUUCUCCAACCGAUUCUGCCAUGUUGGUACCUUGCAUUGGUUCUUUGGAGACCUCACUAAAAACGGAAGGAUCGAGUUGUGUGACUAUUGACGGUGCUCGACACAAAAGUCCCGAUUGUGGCACAAUAAAAAAUAUUUCGCCAGAAGAUUUGCAGCACACCGGAUCAUCAUCAGUUCGUUUAAAGCGCACUGGGCUAUCAUCAAUUUUACACCAUAGCACAACACAGACAAGUUUACGACAUAAAAAUCUUUCAAAGUCUUCACGAAACACUGAGCCUCUGAAAGGUCAGCUCUCUAUGACAGCAGUAGGUGCUAAACUCAAAACAGGAUCUGAAAGAAUUGCACAGACAUGUAAAAAUAUUCAACAAGACGUGUCUAGUAAUAGAAGUGUAUCUGGUAGUGUUAAGGGAAUCCUACAGAAUAGAGAACAUUCCAAAGCAUCCACUCAACAAAUUCAUACACACACCACAGAAUUGGAAGCCAACCCUAAGACCACAUCACCAGUAUCUGAAAUGCUGAGGCAAAUUGAUCAUAUUUUUGUCAAUGGAAAACAAUACCUGAAGCUGGAGCUGAUUGGACGAGGAGGAUCCAGCAAAGUCUAUGAGGUGCUGGACUUGCAGACACGCAAAGUGAAGGCCAUCAAGGUGGUGGAGCUGGAGGGGGUGGAUGAUGCUACGUUGAAAUCUUACAGAAAUGAGAUUGAUAUCUUGUUGAGGCUGCGCAAGUCAGACAGGAUAAUCCAGCUCUAUGACUAUGAGGAGAGCAACAACCACCUGAGCCUUGUGAUGGAGAAGGGUAACGACGACCUGGCCACCGUCAUAGCUAGCGCUCGGGGCAAGAAGGCAGCACCCAUCUCCUCGUAUACCAUCCAACACUACUGGGAGGGAAUGUUGCGGGCAGUCCAGGCUAUUCACCAGGAAGGAAUCAUUCACUCUGAUUUGAAGCCAGCCAAUUUCCUCUUGUUCAACGGAAUGGUGAAACUUAUUGAUUUUGGGAUAGCUUCAUCCAUUCAGCAAGACAUGACCAGUAUUGUUAAGGACAGUCAGGCAGGAACGUUCAGUUACAUGAGCCCCGAGUCACUGUUGGAUGUUCAGUCGGGACCAAUCAUCAAUGGCCGCUGCGGUGACCAUCCGACCAUCAAGAUUGGUGUGAAGUCAGAUGUGUGGUCACUAGGGUGUAUUCUUUACAACCUGGUGUAUGGACGUACGCCGUUCCAACACCUUGUCAGCCCCUUCCAAAAACUCGCAGCCAUAUCCAAUCCCAACCACAAGAUUUCAUUCCCAGACAUUGAAGACAAACAGGUACUGGAUGUACUAAAACAGUGUCUGCAGUUCUACCCUGGGAACCGCCCCAGCAUCCAGGAGCUGCUGCAGCACCCGUACCUCACUGCGGGCGCUCAAAACAAAGACAGUUCCCCAACAACUGACCUGGUGAAGGACAAGAUGAUCAGUCAGUUGGCACAGCUUACCCCAAAUAGAUUAAAUAAGAUUUCUUCCAUUAUGCAGCAGCUGAGCUCGGAUGAGAAGAGAGGAUAGCUCGGAUUAAACAUCUGGUACGCGUGUCCAGAAUAUUGGUACUUUUAGUGCGGUUAAAGGAUAUUUACAAGUGUAUGCAUGCUUAUGUAACAUUUCCUCAAGCUUCAAAUACUGCAUAUUUUAUUGGUCUCAAAUAUACAUAAUAUUCAACCAAAAUGAUAGGUUGACUUGUUAAAUUCUUUUUUGUAACAAGUUAUGACAGAUCUUGAUUCAAUGUAUAUUUUUAUUAUAAUUUUUUAAUAUUGCUUUAUAAAGGAUUGCUGGGUAUUUAAUAUUAUACUUGUUUAAUAUAAACUCAUUAGGUACCAAAACUAUUCUCAAGAUACAUUCAUAACAUCCAGUAUGAGGUCAUACACCUCAAAGCCUAGCUUCUAAAGUACAUGUGCCUUGGUUUUAUUUUCUUCCUCCUGGUCUGGGAUGUACACAGUUAUACUGAACCGUUCAGAUGUUUAGCAGUACUACAUACUUGUACGCAGUCAUAUUGAACGGCUCAGAUGUUCGGCAGUACUGUACUAUAUACUGUACUUGUAUGUAGUCAUAUUGAACAGUUCGGUUAUUUAGCAGUACUAUAUUCUUGUCUUGCAUGGAGUUAUUUGAGGAUUUAAAAGUGUUUAGUGUCACUAUAUACCAAUAUUAAUUUUGCCCACAAUGUAGAAAUAUUUUAAUUGACAGAAGUUUUGUUCUAAUGCCUCUUUAAAAUAUCCAACUAAAUUGCUAUUGACUGUAAUAUAGUACCAGACCCAUCAUUUUAUUAGAAAUAAAAAGGCAUGACCCUAAAAGUUUUGAAGGCGUUGUAUUCGAAGCUCACCGUAGAUUAUCACGGAAAAGACUCAAAUUCAAAAUGUAUGACCUAAGGCCUAAAUUUGUAUGACUAAAUGAAAUCCUAAGUGUUUGUGACAUUGUUCACUAACUUCUUUUACAUUGUUAGCCGUGUUGAUACUCAAAUUGAAUUCUUCUUGUGUCUUUCAUUUCUUACUGUAUUCAAAUUAAUACACUCUGUAUAUAUACAAACACAUGUACUAUAUAUGAUUAAACUAUCUAAGAUAUUGAAA